GAGAGACAGGUACACAUGCUAACUCGUAAACAAGGAGUACACGGGGCAGUAUUUGUGGUCGCUUUGUGGAGUAGUCUACUUGACGUUGUCACGGUAACGAGGUCAGUGUCGUCCUUGAUGGCUUGACAGGUGCAUGACAGUUCAGCUCCAAGCAUGUACGCCAAGGGGAAAGGAACCACGGUACCUUCCGAUGCUCAAGCAAGAGAAAAGUUAGCGUUGUAUGUAUACGAAUAUUUAUUACACGUAGGAGCUCAAAAAAGUGCACAGACAUUUUUAUCCGAGAUAAGAUGGGAAAAGAACAUAACGUUAGGAGAACCUCCUGGGUUCCUACACUCCUGGUGGUGUGUAUUCUGGGAUUUAUACUGUGCGGCGCCAGAGAGGAGGGACACGUGCGACCAUUCUAGUGAGGCAAAAGCAUUUCAUGAUUAUGGGUUUGUAAAUCCUGGAGGCUAUGGGGUAAAUGGAAUGGCACAUAAUGCACCGGCACCCAGUCCAUUAAGUCAAAUGCCGCCUCAAGAUGGUAUACCAGGUGGGCCAAUGCCGCCUGGCUUUUUUCCUCUAGUGAAAAGGGAACCACCACUGCAAGGCUCUGAAAAUGGAACAAGGGAGCUAACUCAUCACAGACAAACGCUGCCAUCUCAGCCGUCCCCUCACUCACAGCCACCUCACAACCCCAUGAUGCCACAGAACCAACCAUUUAUGUCACCAAGGUUUCCGGGUGGACCUCGAGGACCUGGGCCAGUGCGGAUGCCAAACCAAGUAGAUUUUAAUCCCCCAGGAAGCUCACCGGGUCAGAUGCCAAUGCCCAACAGUAUGGAACCACGGCCAGGUCACCCAGGUAUGCCCAUGCAGCGAAUGACACCCCCAGGAAGGAUGCCUGGGCCCAUGAACCCAGCAGUGUAUGAAUCAUUACAGAACUAUGGUGGUAUGAGAGGGCCACCUCCUAACAGUAUGGGGCCUGGUGGCCCUGGUGGAAUGCCCCCAAUGUCAAUGCCUGGUGGACAGAGAGGACCCUGGCCCCCAACGUCAUCAUCAAUAAAUUACUCCUCAGGAUCACCUGGAAAUUAUAAUGGUCCUCCAGCGACAGGUGGGCCUCCGGGGACGCCCAUAAUGCCCAGCCCUCAAGGUCAGUUGAUGACAGACUCCACAAAUUCCGGUGACAGUAUGUAUAUGAUGAAGGGAGGCCCAAUGCCUGGUAUGCCUGGGUUCCCCAUGGGAGGACCAGAGCCAGGGAUGGGGCCAAUGGGGCCGGAUAUGCCUCCAGUAAUGAAUGGUGAAAUGGAUGGUAUGAAAAGCUCGCCAGCGAACGGACCGGGCACGCCGCGGGAAGAUUUACCUCCCGUCAGUGGUGGGGAUAUGGGAGGCUAUAGCAUAGGGUACCAGGAAAACGAUCAAAACGAAUCUGCUGCUAUCCUAAAGAUUAAAGAAAGUAUGCUGGAAGAGGCAAAACGGUUUGAAAAAGACACCGACCAUCCUGACUAUUUCAUGCAAUAAAAUCUUUAUGUAGAGUAUAGACAGAGCCCAUUGUAAAUUAUUUCAUAAUUUAUGGUUUGUAUGUUAAAUUGAAACAGAAAAAAAAAAAGAAACAUGAAACGCGUUGUUCUCCACCUGGCCGUUAGAUGGCGCUGUUAAACGACUCGGUGAUUGGUCGGUCUCAAGCAUUAGGGCAAACCAGUGAUAUGACGCUUCCAACACUUUACAGCUUGUGUGGUUUUCUGCUUUGUAACAUCUGAGUGGCGUACUUCUCUUUGCUUGGUUUCAAAUCGAAUUCUGACCAUGUGUUGUUGAAUCGGCCAUCAGCAAUUCUCCUCUGAGGGAUCCGAUGACUUCAUAUGUAUAUUUUUUUUUUGUGUUCAUGUCACUCUCGAACUAAAUUUUGUCUUCUUCUAAAUUUGAUCGUGUGGAUUUCUAGACGACAAAUUUUGUGAUCUGGUGUCCAUGUUUUGUAAAGCACUGCUCCUCGUCCGCCAGACGGUGUAUCACACAUGGUGUCCGCGCACUGUACUGAGUCUGUGUUCAAGUGUACAACCACUGCAGCUUCUCUUCUCUUGAAACAGACCACGGUUACUGCCCUAAUUCUUGAGUCGCGCCCCGUCAUUGCGUCGUCGUGGUAACAUAGUAAACAGUUAGCACACAAACAUCUACAUCAGGAUUGUUUGAACAAGAAAUAGUCUUGACAAGCCAAAGCUAGCCUCCCUCCUUCCCAAAGCCCAACUCUUUGAGCCGUAGUAGAUGCUAAUCCUUUUUAUGCUUCUUUGAUUAACAUUCUGUUGAGUAACAAGCUGAAUAGACUUUUUACUCUCACAUAUGACUGCAUGGUUGUUUAUCAUUGUCUGGAACGACAGUAGAAUUUCCCGUUUUCCAUGAGUUUUGGCUCACUUCCAGUCAUACUUGUAGUUUCUUCCCUUGUUUUUACUAUUUUUUGCCUAGAAAGCCUUGGCUUCAAGAUUAUUUCUUCAUUUUCUAACAAGACAAAACUGUACUGUGUACAAAGUGUGUGUGCAACUAUUUCUUUAUAUUAUAUAUACAUGCA